AUGUUCUGGUCGGACUCCACAAGUCUUGCAUCAUUUGGGAAUGCCCAGGCACCUAUUUACAUGUAUCUUGGCAACCUAUCACAAUACGCUCGCGGGAGGCUCACUUCCAGAGCAUGUCAGCGUAUUGCGUACAUACCAACACUGCCAGAUAGCAUCCAAAAGUUCUUAUCAAUAGUCGUUCAGCAAACGCAAAAGUCUACCGCUCUUAUCACCCAUUUCUGGAGGCUGCUUCUCGAUUCCAAUUUUAUGCACCCGUACAAGCACGGCAUAAUUAUCAAGUGUUUUGACGGGAUCUUCAGGAGAUUCUAUCCACAAAUUUUUACCUACUCCGCAGACUACCCUGAAAAGGUUAUGCUCGCUGCAAUCCAAGAUAUGGGAAAAUGCCCAUGUCCUUGCUGUUUGGUCCAGCUAUCUAAUUCUUGUGUUUAUGUUGCAGGAAAGGUGUCGCUCACUAGAGAUUUUAUCUACAAACAAGGUGUACCAGUCAACGGGAAAGCGGUCCAAGAUUUAUUACAGUCUGAAUCUCUGGUGCCGACCAUAAAUGUGUUUGCAGAGAGGCUGACUCCUUUUGGUUUUGAUUCUUUUCAGAUCUCCGUGGUGGACUUAAUGCACGAGUUUGAGCUUGGUGUAUGGAAGUCAACCUUCACCCAUCUCAUCUGUCUUCUCUUUUCCAUCAGUCACUCAGCCGUUGCUGAUUUAGAUGCAAGGUAUCGUCAAAUUCUUCCCUUUGGCCAAGGAAACAUUUGCGCAUUCGUUACGAAUAUAUCUGAGAUGAGAAAAUUAGCAGCAAGGAACUUUGAGGAUAUACUGCAGUACUUUAUGCCGGCUUUCAAAGGCUUAUUUCCCCCAGAGCACGAUAAAAUAGUACAAACCCUCCUUUUCCGACUGUCUGAAUGGCAUGCACUUUCCAAGUUACAUAUUCGCACAAAAUCUACUCUGGAAUUACUAGACACGGCGCUUAAAGCCCUUUGCAAGCAAGCCCGCCAAUUUCAGGACAUUACAUGUUCAGCUUUCAAGACAAUGGAAUUACCACGUGAAAAGGCUGCUUGUCUUCGGAGGCUGAAAGACAAACCCACUCUGAGUAAGGCAGAAGGGACCGGUACCCGUAAUAGGGUUGAAUUAGCACAUCGCUUGGUUAAGCACUUUUAUAGGCGUACCAACAAAACGCAAGUCAUAAAGCAGCUUUUGAUCCAAGAGCUGCGCCUCAGGAGGAUGAUGCGUAAUGAGCCGGAACCUACCUUACACCCUCACCAUCAAGCUCCCGAAGACACCCACAAUAAUGAAGGUGUUGAAAGGCUGGAACAAGGGUCCAACAUCCAGGUGCACCAUCACAUAUUGUCAUAUUGUCAUAACCCCUUGGAUCUCCACUCAUUCCUUGGGAAGUUCCCUGUGGACAACCCUGCAAUAAUGUCAUUCAUUCCUCAAUUAAAAAGCCACUUACUAGGAUGUGUCAUGAAUCUCGAAUAUGAUGGAGACAAAACUGACUUCACGCCCCUGCAGCGGAAUGAUCUUCAAAUAGUCAAUAAUCAUAUAUAUUUGAUGCAGCUUUUUCAAGUAAACUAUGUUACAUAUAAUGUCAAGCGCGAUAGAGACUCACUCAACCCUCACAUUGGUUGCAAUGUCAUGGUGAAGUCUCACAAGAAAAACGCAUCCCACCCCUUUUGGUACGCUAGGGUUCUUGGAGUGUUCCAUACUCAAGAUCUCCAUGUUGGACCAAACACCAUCAACUCCUCCGUUCAAUACAUGGAAUUUUUAUGGGUACGUUGGUAUGCUAAGCCAUGCUCCUGGUGA